AGCUAAGCGACUUGCAGUCGUCGGGAGGUCCGUAGCUAACCAAGCUGUAUUUAUAAAGCAGGGCUAGCGAGCUAGCCCCCUUCCCCCCUCUCCCUAUUAACAACAUUUUUUUUACAGUAGACAACGCACAAUUAAUAUAUUUUUACAUCAAGACAUCAACUUUACAAUGAAGAAGCAAAGGAACACAGUUUUUGGACUUGCGGUCAGUUUAAUUGCGAUCUGUUCCUGUUCAGGAUUCUACCUUCCGGGUUUGGCUCCUGUUAGUUUCUGCGAAAAGAGCACAGAUGAAUGUCAGACAAUAAUUCAGCUCUUCGUAAACCGUUUGGAUUCGGUGGAGUCAGUGUUGCCCUAUGAAUAUGAUGUGUUUGAUUUCUGCACAGAUGAGAAGGAGAAAAGACCAUCUGAGAACCUUGGCCAGGUCUUAUUUGGAGAAAGAAUUGAGACCUCUCCUUACAAGUUGUCAUUUAAGAAAGAUGAGUCCUGUGUCAAGGUUUGUACAAAAUCGUAUGCCGUCAACAAUAAAGACGACAAGAAAAAACUUGAUUUCAUCAAAAGUGGAAUGCAACUCAAUUACCAGCACCAUUGGAUUGUUGACAACAUGCCAGUGACCUGGUGUUAUGAUGUGGAGGACAGUCAGAAGUACUGCAAUCCUGGCUUCCCCAUUGGCUGUCUAGUCACUCCAGAUGGACGAGCCAAGGAUGCCUGCGUCAUCAAUGCCGAGUUCAACAAGAAGAACACGUUCUAUGUCUUCAACCAUGUUGACAUUACCAUUACCUACCACAGUGGAGAAAAUGAAGGCUGGACAGGUGCCAGAUUGGUAGCUGCUACGCUGGAACCCAAGAGUUAUAAAAAUGAUAAAGACAAGCCUACUUGUGAUGGUCCACCCAUGGAAGUCCCAGGCGAUUUAACCAGCAACCUUGAUUUAACAUACACAUAUUCCAUCAAAUUUGAGCAAAAUAAUGCCAUUAAGUGGGCCUCCAGAUGGGACUAUAUUCUGGUGUCUAUGCCACAUACCAACAUCCAGUGGUUCAGCAUCAUGAACUCCCUGGUUAUCGUGCUGUUCCUGUCAGGCAUGGUGGCAAUGAUCAUGCUGCGGACGCUUCACAAAGACAUUGCCAGGUACAACCAGGUGGAUCAGGACAUGGUAAAGAUUUCACCGGCAAGAAAUACCUCUAUGUCUUAUGAGGACGCUCAGGAGGAGUCGGGGUGGAAGCAGGUGCACGGGGACGUGUUCAGGCCUCCCAGGAAAGGCAUGCUGCUCUCCGUGUUCCUCGGUCAAGGCGCUCAGAUUUUCAUCAUGACCUUCAUUACCCUUUUCUUGGCCUGCCUCGGAUUCCUGUCUCCUGCCAAUCGGGGUGCUCUGAUGACGUGCGCCGUGGUGUUGUGGGUGCUGCUGGGAACGCCGGCGGGUUACGUAUCCGCUCGCUUCUAUAAGACCUUUGGUGGCGAGAAAUGGAAAACCAAUGUUCUCCUGACAGCACUUUUGUGUCCCGGGAUCGUGUUUGCUGAUUUCUUCCUGAUGAACCUGAUCCUGUGGGUGGAGGGCUCCUCAGCUGCUGUACCCUUCGGCACCCUGGUGGCCAUCUUGGCCCUGUGGUUCGGCAUCUCCGUCCCCCUCACAUUCAUGGGUGCAUACUUUGGCUUCAAAAAACCUGUAAUGGAGCAGCCAGUACGAACAAAUCAGAUUCCCAGACAGAUCCCAGAGCAGUCGUUCUUCACCAAACCCCUCCCUGGAAUCAUCAUGGGAGGCAUCCUGCCUUUUGGCUGCAUCUUCAUUCAGCUCUUCUUCAUCCUCAACAGUAUAUGGUCUCAUCAGAUGUACUACAUGUUUGGCUUCCUGUUCCUGGUCUUCAUCAUCCUCCUCAUCACCUGCUCCGAGGCCACCAUCCUGCUGUGCUACUUCCACCUGUGUGCUGAGGAUUACCACUGGUGGUGGCGUUCAUUCCUGACCAGCGGCUUCACCGCAGCUUACCUGUUCGUCUACGCUGUGCACUACUUCUUCUCCAAACUACAGAUCGUUGGUGCUGCUAGCACUAUAUUGUACUUUGGUUACACUCUGAUUAUGGUCCUCAUAUUCUUCCUUUUCACAGGCACCAUUGGGUUCUUCGCCUGCUUCUGGUUUGUAAAUAAGAUCUACAGUGUAGUGAAAGUGGACUAAGUGGUGGGACCCUACGAGAAUCUCCACCACAGCCACCCAACCCAGCCCUCCCCACCAAGACUCACUCGACCAGACCAAGGCAACGCAUGUUACUCAAAGCUCUCUCUAUGGACGUACCUGCCAAAGCCAGGACUGAAACUUUGAUGGAAACCAUCCGAUCGCUUAAGGGAACAGCAGCACAGCACUGCACAAGGACUGGGGAACUUCCCUUUUUUGUGUUUUAAUGCUCUGAAGAGUGUCUUCACCUUCUCCGUUUGCUUCUGCUGUCCACUCUGUUCACUAGCGGCAUUGAUUUUGACUCGCAGAUUGACCCCAAGUGAGUUUCUGUGUGAACUCCCAAAGACGUGUCUUUGGCUGCUGUUCAGAAGAACGAGGGCAUUUGGACCCUUGUUCAGAAUGGUACCAAGAGCUGAAGGAUUCUUUUUUAAUUUCCUCCAUUAUAAUGUAUAAAAAUGCAUCUGAUCUUGUUUUUUUUAUAUAUAUUUUGAAACCCUAAUGUCCAUUUGAUUUUUAAAAAUAUUAUUAUUUUAGCACCUUUUUCUGCUGUAUGUGAAAGAAUUUGAACGUGCGAAUACAAAGAAUGUCAUAUUUUCUUUGAAAACUGUCCUGUAGAGCAGAUACUGGUUUCUAUGUGGUGUUGUUUUUCUCUAUCUCUCUUUUUCUUUUUUUACUCUAAAUCUGUCGUUGGAGGUGAUUUGAGAGUAAGAAUCCGAACCAUUUUUUUGCCAUUAGGUGUGGUUCAGCAGUGAACAUCAUUGACCAUUAUCUUGCUGUACUGAUAUUGUGUCGGUCAUAUUGUUGCUUUAUGGUUAUCUUACUGAAGGUUGUUUAUAUGAACAUAUAAAAAAAGAUUUAAUCGGUUAUGAAGCACAUCUUUAUGGUAGAUUGCUUUUCUAUAAAUAAAAGAGGAAACAUUCA